AUGAGCACAAACACUGUCGAUCCGUCUCGCUCGUCGCUCUCUGAUGACGAAUAUCGCUACAGUGACGUCGAGGAGGAGUACCAGUACUCGGAAGAAGACGACGACGACGAAGAGCAAGUCCAAGAGCAAGACAGGGGCAAGAAAGGGCUGACGAAUGACCAGUUUCCGGCUCUUUUCAGUCCCCCCAGUGCCAAGAAACAGCACGCGGUCGACUCGCUGUCUCCGCUCGGACGUGGCUCGUCUGCCAAGAAGAAACGGCUGAGUCCCAGUGGAUUGGGACGUGCUGGGAGUCAGAAGCAGCAGGAGUACCACGUGAUUGACGAGGAGGAGCUGCUGCAGGAGCAGCACGCGCUCAUCCACGAGAUCGCUCAAGUGCUGGAGAUCUCGACGUCCGAAGCGUCGGUACUGCUGCGGUACUUUAGCUGGAACAAGGAGAAGCUCUUUGAAGAAUACUAUGCUGACCCGGUGAAGGUGAAGCACGAAGCGGGCGUGGAGUUUGCCGACAAACAGGCGCCAGUGAUUCCAGCAUCGACCAAGGUGGAUUGCAAGAUUUGUUGCGACGAGUACGCAGCGAGUGACGUGUUUGGCAUGGGCUGCGGUCACGUGUACUGUCUUGGUUGCUGGAAACCGUACCUGUCGCUCAAGAUUGGAGAAGGACCGGUAUGCGUGACCACGACGUGCCCUGCGCACGGGUGCAAGGAGGUGGUGAGUGAAUCGAUCUUUGAGAAGAUUGUGGAUGCGCAGGAUUAUCUCAAGUAUGCGCGGUACUUGCUACGAUCGUUCGUGGACAUCAACAGAGGCGUCAAGUGGUGCCCGUCACCGGGCUGCAGCAAGGCUAUCAUCAGCGCCGGCGGAUUGUCGUCGGUGACGUGCACAUGUGGAUGUGUCUUCUGCUUGCGCUGUGGUGAGGAGGCCCACGCGCCAGUUUCGUGCGAUCAGCUUGCUUCCUGGCAGGAGAAAUGCCGCAACGAGUCCGAAACAGCCAACUGGAUAUUGGCGAACACGAAGAAGUGCCCCAAGUGCUCUGUCCGCAUCGAAAAGAAUCAGGGUUGCAACCACAUGACAUGCCGCAGUUGCAACUACGAGUUCUGCUGGAUAUGCAUGGAAGGGUGGGACAAGCAUGGGUCGGGCACGGGUGGCUUUUACAAAUGCAAUCGUUACGACGCGGAUGCAGAGACUGCUGAUACGGAUGCGGCACGGGCGAAGGCAGAGCUGGACAGAUACCUCCACUACUACCAAAGGUACGCCAAUCAUUCGGAAGCCGGCAAGUUUGCACAGCGAAUGCGUGAAGGCACGGAGAACCGCAUGAUAGAGCUGCAAGCCAGCCACGGCGACUCGUCCUGGAUUGACGUGCAGUUUCUGAACGCAGCUACGGAGCAGCUGAUUCAGUGCCGACGAGUGCUGAAGUAUACGUAUGUUUUCGGCUACUACUUGCCGCUCGGAAAGGAGAAGAAUUUGUUUGAGUACUUGCAAGAAAACCUGGAGAAGAACGCAGAACACCUGACCGGGCUGCUGGAGAUGUCGCUGGACAAGAUGAACCGCUCGGAGAUAAUCAAUUACACACGCGUGACGGAGACAUUUCUACGCAACCUGCUCACGGGCGUCGAGGACGGUCUGACAUCCAACGCAUCGCUGAUGUAG